UUCGCACAUCAAUCGGCCCCAAGAGUCAUUGGAAGAAUUUGGCCGCCAAGAUUGACUCCUCUUUCCCUAUCGCAGAAAAAAAGAAGAUCACGGACGAAAUUACUCGAAUGCAGAACACAUAAGAGAAAGAAAGAAGAAAUUUCCGCUUCAGAACAAAAGGGGGGAGUCGGUCCCGCCUUUGGCUUGUUUUCAUCUUGGAAGAGCAGCAUUAACUCCAAGCUCGAGAACGGAGAGGGGAGGUUGUUCGGGAACCCCCAAGCUACAGCAUAAAACGAAGCAUGUGAGGGAGAAGGCGAGUGCGUGCGAUUAGCUCUCCCUUCUUUCUUCUCCCCUCUACCAGCAAUGCUACGCAGGCUUGCCACCGUUUUCUUAUUUACUACUCUUCUCAUUCUCCUCACACAACCACCACCAGCAGCUUCAACGGUGGUACUCUGCCACUUGAACGAGAGCUCAGCACUCCUUCGAUUCAAGCACAGCAUUAGUAAAUUUCUCUUCCCAGGAGCACUGAGUUCAUGGCAGGGGAAUGGGUCUGAUUGCUGCCGUUGGCAAGGCAUCACUUGCCACAGCGUCACCGGCUUUGUCAUUAAACUGCAGAUACCUUAUGUUACAGAUGGUCAUAUUGUCGGCAGCAUCGACCCAUCCUUGUUUGAGCUUAAACAACUCCAGCUUCUAGAUCUCAGCGGGAAUGGGUUCAACGGUAGCAUCCCCAAAAGACUCUUGGAACUCACCAACCUCACCCACCUCGACCUGUCUGACUGUCGCUUCACAGGGCAAAUUCCAGAAGAGUUAUUGGGAAUGACAUGGUUGAUCUCCCUAAACCUCUCUAUGAAUGAUUAUUCUGUUGGCCUGCAACUCCAACGUCCCAAUUUGACAACCCUUCUCAAGCGGUUAGACCAAUUGCAGCACCUUCAAAUCGGUGACGUGGAAGUCUCCAUGAGCGGCAGAGAUGUGAGCACAGCCUUAUUGUCAUCACCAUCUCUCCAAAAAUUGAAGACACUCUCCCUGAGUAAUUGCAUCAUUGUCGGCCCAUUAUUGGAAGAACCAUUUCUCCAUAUGCAAUCACUAUCUCACUUGGAUUUGAGUUUCAACAACCUACUAGGAACCUUUCCUCCAAACAUUUUUCUGUUGCCUAAACUGGAAACUCUUUAUAUUUCAUUCAAUAUAGAGCUGGCAGUGUUGUUGCCACCAAGAAAUCUAACAAGGAGUGUCAAUAUUCGACAUCUACUUCUUUCUUCAAUCGGAGAGCUGUCUGAUGGCCCUUUAGUGCCAUCAAAUCCCCCAUCACAACCAAGAUUAGAGGUGACAUCAAAUACAAUGAAUGGAAGUACCUUGUCAUCUUGCACUUCAACUAGAAUUUCUGUCAGGAAUUUAUCAAGCGGCAAUCCACCAGGUUUGAUUCCUGAAGGUCUAUGCUCAUUUUCUCACCUCAUUAAUCUAACGCUUGCUCACAACUCUUUGAAUGGGACAAUUCCAACGUGUUUUUCUUGUCUUUCCUCCCUUGAGUGGCUAGAUCUCAGUUACAACCACUUAUCUGGGAGCAUUCCAUCAUCACUUUUCACCCUCCCUUCCCUGAUACUUCUCGACCUUAGUUAUAACAUGUUCAGUGGUUCGCUCCCCAAAUUUUACAAUCCAAGUUCAAAUUUGACAAUACUUUUGCUUGACAACAAUUUAUUGAGUGGAGAUAUUUCCUUUUUUAUGCAUGGUCUACCAUCUCUAGCAGUGGCUACUCUUUCCUCCAAUAAUAUCACUAGUAUCAUUUGUCCUUUUUAUCUUUCCAGACAAAAAACUCUAAAGUACUUGGACCUUUCCAAUAACCGAAAUUUAAGGGUGGAAAUGUCUGAUUCCAACAACAACACUUCCAUGAUGAAUCCCUCGCACAACAACACUUCCAUGAUGAAUCCCUCGCAGUUGGAGUACUUAAAUUUAAGGUCUUGUGACAUCCAAAGUUUUCCCACGUUCAUUUGUGAACUAGGCAAACUCCAGUUUCUUGACCUUUCAAGUAACAAUAUUGAGGGGAAAAUAUCAGCUUGUUUGUGGGGCAUUACUGGCUUCAGACUUCUAAAUCUUGAUCAUAACAAGUUUGAUGGAUUUCAAGAACCAACAAAUACCACUAGAGCCAUUGGUGCUCGAUUGUCUUUGUUGAGUGUUUCAAGUAACCGAAUCAAUGGUAUGAUCCCAACUUUUCUUUGCAACUAUAUUGCUGAAUCUGUCAAAUUGGACAUGUCAAACAAUGCUCUCACAGGUGCCAUACCAGAUUGCCUUUGCAAAGUGAGUCAUUUGAACCUCAGUAAUAACCAAUUACAGGGGCAAAUUCCAAAUGGAUUCAAUAAUAUACAGCUCAUCGACUUGAAUAGCAACAUUUUGACUGGCACAAUUCCGAAGUCUAUAGCUUCCAACAUCACAAGUUUGAAAUCUCUAAAUCUUGGGAACAAUAAGUUAGAAGAUGCAUUUCCUGGAUGGCUGAGCCAACUGACCAAGUUAAAAGUGCUAGUUUUGAGGUCCAAUCGUCUUUAUGGACCCAUUUUUACCAUUGCCAAUUCAUUGCAAGCAUUUCCUGCCUUGAAGAUCUUUGACAUAUCUAGUAAUCAUUUUUCGGGAACUCUCCCACAUGAAUUGUUCGAAGGACUCAAGGCUAUGAUGCAAAACGGUUCAGAGGAUAUUUACGUUGACAAUGAUGUAUUUUCAGCCGUUUAUGUUUUUCACCUAUUCAAUGUUUCUACUUAUUUCUUGUUGCAAGGUGAAAUAGAGCAAACAAUAAAAGGAAAUGAUCGGCCUAUAACAAGCAUCAAGGGGCCCAUGAAUAUUGUUGACAUGUCCAACAAUAACUUUACAGGAGAAAUUCCUGAAGAGAUAGGGAGGUUGAAGUAUUUACAUGGAUUGAAUGUUUCUAACAACCAUCUAAAGGGUCUCAUCCCCAAUUCCUUUGACAAUCUGUUGCAGUUGGAAUGGUUAGACACUUCUCAUAACCAACUGUCAGGACCCAUACCAGAGGGGCUCGCAGAUCUCACAUUUCUUUCGAUCUUAAAUUUAUCUUAUAAUGAUUUGCAAGGAAGGAUACCUCAAGGAAAGCAGUUUAGCACUUUCGAUGAAUCUUCCUUCAAAGGAAACCCAAAGCUUUGUGGGGCACAAAUUGAAAAAACAUGCUAUACAGGAGGAGAUGGUGAUAAGGAGGCAAUGAACAAGAGAGAUGAGGAGAUGCAAGGCUGGAAGUAUGGAUCAUUGGGAAUAGGUUUUGCAGUGGGACUGAUGAUCAUAACUCUGCCCCUCGUGUUCGUAGAGAGUGUAGCAAAUUGGUUUUGGGAUGAAACUGACAAGAUGAUAGAAUUCUUAUUGAUGCAAAUUGGUCCUUCUAAAUUUGGCAAGCGUAGGAACACAUAAAUGGUGUGCAUGUUUGUACGUGUUAAAGAGUUAGAAGUGCAAGCCUUCAGUCCUAUGCUCCUGUCCACCAGAAUGCAAAUUGAGCAUAAUGACAUCAGAAGGCUAGAAGAUUAUAUGGUUUGUGAAUAUAUAAGCAAAGGCCUCUCAACCGAUGAGUUUGAUUCACAUCUUUACAUCUGCAAUAGGACUUGUAUUGCCUUUUCUUAGUGCUUGAUUUCCUUGUAUCUUUUUCGGAUUGAAGUUUUUAUAAUGUAUGCUUAUGUGUGCUUAAUUUGCUAUGUUGCUUUUAUUUCAUCAUA